AUGCCGACGCACCUCACUCGCCACGUCUUCCGCCGCAUUCUGGCCAACGAACCCAUCAUCCAUCGAGGUUGUUUGCGGCGACAGACAUAUAGUUCCCUCGCCAGGAUUCGGACUGGCUCACGGCGAUGUGUUCCUCAACAUGGGAGACCAUCACGCUACCAGAAGAGGUCCCUCUUCGACUUCAACAUGUUCGCGCCGAAGAAAAGAGAGGCCAAAGAGGUGAAUGUGGAUCCGGGCAUUGAAGACAUGAUGCAUCUGGCCAAGAUGCAGCGCAUGAAAGCUCGUCUGCCGCCCGCGAAAGAUGUGGCAGACGCCCUGAAGGCCUUCUUUGCAGCAAAGAGAGAGCAAAGGAAGAAAAUCAGUGACACUCAAGCGAGAUUAGCCCUGCAGAGCUUCAAGUACUGUUUCGCGAACGAGGAUGCGUCAAAGAGUGAUGGGACGACGAAGCGCGUGGGGAAGGAUUAUGAUUAUCAAUUGGGUAUGGCCAUGAUAAACGCUGUUUCCACAGUCGCUGCAGGGGCUUCUGCUACCACUUCUGCACAUGUUGAGCUCGCUGAAUUCCUACAUACGAGAGCCCAGGAGAUAACAGCGGAGAAGAAGCCUGCUCGACUGAAAACUGCCUUCGCCUAUGCUGCCACUCUCAGCUGCGUCGGGAGAGCAUCUGAUGCUCGCGACUUGGCGGAAAAGCUGGGCGAACCGGACACUUCUGCGCGUACUCAAUCCACUAUGGAACGUAGCAAAGCUCAGAUUCCAAAGAUCUGGGCUGCGGUAUUGAGAGGCUUCGCCAGAGAGAACAACGAGGAGGAACUUCUCGCAACCAUGACCACUAUUCAAACCCAAGAGUGGUAUACUGGAGUUACCGCGCCUAUGGCAAGCGCUAUGCUCUCAUACUACCUGCAGACAGACCGAAUCGAUGCUGUUCAGACAUGGCAUGAGCAGUAUUGGCGGACCUAUGAGGACAUCCUUGGAGGGGAAGGGGAAAAUGCAGCCCUGAGCUGGACAUCUUCACAGUUGGACCGACACGUUUCCAUUCACUUGGAAGAGGUGCUUCGUUGGUGCUUGCUUCACCAUCAUCUCGACUUCGGCCACCAGGUUGUACGGCGGGCCAUGGCAAACAACCCACCGAAACUGGUAUGGGAUGCCAUCCUCGUAUGGGCAGCUGGCACAGGUAAAGGUGCGGAUGAGAUUGGACGCAUGCUUGAUGUCAUGGAGAAGUCCAACGAUGAUAUUUCCGAUCCGACAGAGUGGAGAGUGCCCGACAUUGCGACCAUCAACGGACUGGUAGAGUUCGCCACUUCCAAGCAGGACCCGUAUCUGGCAGAACGCUUCAUUGUCCUGGGCAAAUCACGACAAAUCGAGCCCGACGCUCGCACAUACCAACUGCAAAUUCAAUACCGACUCAAAAUCAGCGAUGUCGACGGCGCUCUCAUCGCCUACAAGAGCCUACAAGCAAUGGACCUCUCCUCGAAUGAAGAUGUCCCAGCCGUGAACAACCUUAUCGUAGCGCUCUGCCAAAGCAAACGCCACGACUUUGACACGGUGAUGAAUGUCGCCAUGGACCUCGCCGACCGACGAGCACAUUUUGACCCUGCCACAGUCACGGCUUUAGCUCUGCUGCACCUGAAUCGAGACGAAAUGCACGAUGUCAUCGACUUGCUGAACACCCACGCUCACCAUUACUCCUCCGCCGACCGCUCCCAAAUCCUCAACACCAUUCUGGCAUUCUGCCUCGACCCAUCAACACCUACAUCCCGCUCCUGGGACGCCUACAAAAUCCUCGGAUCUGUCUUUGACGAGAUGCCGCGCGAGCCACGAACGCAAGUCAUGUCAAACUUCUACACCCGCCACAAGAGACCCGACAUGGCAGUCUUCAUCUUCAACGAAAUGCGUCGCCAUUCCCGCGCAGACACCAUUCCCACAGUAGACACUUACGUCGCAUCUUUCCUUGGCUCUGCCAAACUCCGCGAUCUCGACAGUCUCGAGGUCAUUCACAACCAACUCAAGUUGGAUUACAACAUCAACACGACGACAUAUCUCAUGAACGCCAUGAUGAUCUCGUACACCGCAUGCGAUCGCCCUCGACUAGCUUUGGGAUUCUGGAAUGACAUUGUCGCGAGCAAGGAAGGGCCCACGUACAACAGUAUCCACAUCGCAUUACGCGCUUGCGAGAAAGCACCAUUUGGCGAUUUACGCGCCAAGGAAAUUUGGACCAAGUUGAGAAAGAUGGACGUGGAACUUGAUCAGAAAUUAUGGGCUGCUUAUGCUGGUGCAUUAGUGGGUAAUGGGGACAAUGAGAGUGCUUUUGAGCUCAUUGAGGCAGCAGAAGAGAAGAGGGAGUGUGAGGUUGAUGCUGUUCUGCUCGGAAGUAUGGUCGAUGGAGCUACGACGGAAGCCAAGCAGGCUGAAGUAGAGAGCUGGGCAAGGGAGAAGUUCUCGACUGCCUGGGAGGAGUUGGAGAAGAUUGGAUUUGAGAUGGAUGAGGAAAGUCAGAAGAGGGUGCCGAAUAUUGAUAGGAGUGUUACACCUUGA